UUAUACAACAACGUUGGAGAGUGAUCUUCAAUCUGAUUCUAAGACACGAUGGAGAGUUGGGAGAAAAUUGAGAAAUUGGGUCAAGGUUCUUUCGGGUUGGUUUUCUUGGCCACCAAUAAGUCUUCUUCUUCUUCUUCGAAGAGGUUUAUAGCCGUGAAAUCGGUUGAUUGCUCUGCUCAAUUCGCCGUUGCUUCAUUGAGGGAAGAAGCUCGAAUCUUAGGUCAAUUAAUCGGAACCCCUAACGUCGUUCAAUGCUACGGUGAAGACCUCAGCAUCGAAAAGGGUCGUAAGAUCUACAAUCUCCUUCUCGAUUAUGCUCCGGGAGGGAGUCUUCAUGACCUGAUUUACAAUUUAUUGCGGCGGUAAAACCUUGCCGGAACCCGUCGUUGCUCUGUACUCAAGUAUGUUGUUAAAAGCCCUCGCCGGAAUUCACUCAAAAGGAAUUGUUCACUGCGAUCUAAAACCGGGAAACGUUCUGAUUUUUCCGGCGGUUUGCGGCGGGAGACACAUCAACAUGCUUAAACUAGCCGACUUUGGAUCUGCGAGAAGGUUAUCAGAGGAGGAACAACUCAUGGAGACAGAUUCCGGCGGAACAAAGACUUAUACCAAGACUACUCUGCCUUAUGCAUCGCCGGAAUCCGUGUCCUCUGGAGUGCACGGGACUGGCACCGACAUCUGGUCCUUUGGAUGCAUAGUAAUUGAGAUGAUCACUGGACAACGUGCCUAUAAUUACAGGGACAAUGACGAUUUGGUUCAUCAGAUAUUACAUGAAUGUAUUUUUGUGCCAGGAAGACUUUCCAAUAUGGAUGGGGUGGAUUUCUUGAUGAGAUGUUUUGAUCGAGAUCCAAAGUACAGAUGGUCUGCCUUGAAGUUAUUGAAUCAUCCUUUCAUCGUUAACAACUUGAAGAUUAUGUCCCAAAUUCAUGGUGUUGAUUUUAACAAGAUUGAGGACACAAAUCAUUCUCAGAAAAAUCCUUUUGGGAGGUUUGAUUGGGUUACUAAGCAGCAUCUUUUCUCCAAAGGACAGCAGCAGCAGCAACUACUAGUACACCACCACCUCCACCACCACCAGGAGGAGGCUCGACGCCAGCCGCCGCUUCAGUUUCAACCAAAUGUUCGGUUCCCGGUGCGAAACGGUCAUCAGCUUCCUGGCCCAACAGCACUUAAUCAUUGACUUCGAGUUUGAAUGAAACAACAAUCAGACAUUGGCAUGUGUAGUAUGAUGUUUUAAGGCUGGUGAAAAUUAAUGUGCUUGCACUUUGAACUCUGUAGUUCAGUUUCUGUCAAAACUCUAUAUGUAUAUUGCUUAAAAUUUAUGUAUAUAGUUGGAUUGGAUAAUGAUUUUUUUGAUUAAUGACAUGCCAUGAUUCAUGAUUCUUUUGUUAGUUUCUUUCUGUCAAUUGCAUGAUUCAUCAUUCUUUUGUUAAUCGAUGC